AUGGCGCCUCCUCCACCAAUCAUCAUAGACGCCGAAGCCGUCAGUGGGAUCACUGGGUCGAUUUCUAUUGCAUGUUGGGUCAUCGUAUUUGCUCCACAGAUUUACGAGAACUUUCGUAGAAAGAGCAGCGAAGGCUUGUCUCUCUCGUUUGUUAUACUAUGGUUGGUCGGAGACCUUUUCAACGUCUUGGGUAGUGUGAUUCAAGGAGUUUUACCCACCAUGAUCAUCUUGGCCAUCUACUAUACUUUUGCUGAUAUAAUUUUAUUAUGGCAGUGUCUCUUUUACGGGAAUGGGUCAAAGGAAACAGACCUUAUUCAUUUAUCUCCGGCCAACCCCUUUGAUGGAGACGUUUUAGAAACUGUGUUGAGCCGAGGAAGAGAAGAAGAUAACCAAAGUGAGUCAUCUAGUGAUUCUGAGUCUUUAAGUUACACUAAGCCGGCCUCCAAAUAUGAAUGGCUAGUGAAUGCCAUGUUUAAAACAUUAGUGGUAUUAUCAGUCAUUGGUGCAGGCUUACUUGGAUGGUACAUUUCCUAUCUUAACACUCAAAAACAUAAGAAGAAGCACCCUCUGGAACCUAAGCCUGAGUUAGUAUUUGAUCCCUUGGCCCAACUUUUCGGUUGGAUAUGUGCUAUAUUAUACUUGGGAUCUCGUAUACCUCAAAUCGUUUUAAAUUACGAGCGUAAAUCUUGUGAGGGGAUUUCGUUUAUGUUCUUUUUGUUUGCCUGUUUGGGUAAUUUGACGUAUGUAAUCAGUAUAUUGAGUAUUGAUACCAGUUUUAAUUACUUGUGGGUCAAUUCAUCUUGGUUAGCGGGCUCAUUGGGGACUUUGGGACUUGAUUUCACUAUUUUCGUUCAAUUCUUCCUAUACAAUGAGAACUACUCUAGUGAAUCAGACAGCGAAGAAUCGAGCCAAUUGAUCAACGGAUCUGAAGCCGCAGUGGAUUAUGGGGUUAUUAAUUAG